GUAGGUAUUCAUUAGUUGUCUGUGCGUCUCGAGCCUAACCGGUUACGUAUAAUAAAAGCAACGCGCGAUUUGAAAAAUAGUGUCAACUAAAAAUGAAAAUUUUAAUAGUUUUAUUUGCUGUUGCAAGUUUGACAUCCGGUAUUCAAUACAAUGGACUAAGGGUAAAAUUUGGCUGGACUGAUGCGCUUGCUGACAAGGAGUACUUUUAUAAAAUACCCCGCACCAUCACGCAAGCGGAGAAUGAAGGAUGGCGAAGAACAGAACGUCCACCUGGACCAAUGGAGGAGCUACGUCUUUAUUGCUCAUCUGGACGAACUCUGUGUCCUUUAUAUGAUCCUACUGGAUUCGUUGCUGGCAUACAAUUAGCUUUUCCGGUAGACGAGCUGAUAUCACCGUCGUUUAGACCUGAACAGAGGUUUGUUAAGUGGAACCCCCCAGCAUCAGAAAAUGAAGCUGCCAGAGAAUAUUGGGCGAUAACGCAGUAUUUGGUUUCAGAGGAGUCUCUUAAAGCUGGUGCCGGACCACAAGUGGAAAAUGGUGCAACUUUACAAGAUGGCGGCGUAUGGGUCAACGACCUCGACGGUCAACUCAUGCGCAUUCCUAGCACCGAGGCGGAAUUAAACACCACCCUUUUCAAGAAACAGAACUGUAUACCAAACAUGGGAACCCAUUACCACUACAACAUGACGCGAGAAAAGUCAUGCGACAACCUACUACCUUGGUUCGCCCUCACAAACAAAGGCUAUUUAGUUGGUGUUGGUUUCCAGAUCAGCGGCAAGCUGACCAAACCACCCAAGGGCAGGAAUUGGUUCGAAGAAUUCAAUGGCAGAGAGAUUGCUGAGAUGACGAUCCCUUUUGCCCCGGAAUGUCUUUACAAAUUGGCGGAGACCUACCCCAUUUUAUCUCUCCACAUUUACUACAUCGACAACCCUUGGACUAUAAAAUGCCGCGAUGGGGAUUCAGCCAAGCCCGCUGGAGUUGUCAAUCGGCUACUUUUGAAUGGAGAGCGGUAUAUGUCUGUUCUGUGGGACAUGACGAAGAAGGCGUUUACAGGAUAAAAACAUAAAGCAAUUCAAUACAGCAAGGCAAAGCAGUUUUGAAAAUUUUUAUUCUUGUUUUGUAGCCGUUGUAAACCAUUAGUGUAGUUUAGAAUAUUUCAUUCAUCAAUAAAUGAAAAAAAUUGAAAUA